AUGGGUACGGGUACAACAGCGUCUCUAGAUGCAAGUGAGGGCGAGGUGUGCGCAGAGGUUGCCAGACGCUACACUGGCAACGAGUACACGACCAGCAAGCCAAAGAACGUGCAUCAGGGAUGUGCGACCGCGUUAGUGGCGGCGCUCGACCCCGGCCUAGCGGCCAAAUCUGGAGCCUAUCUCGAGGACUGCCAGAUAGCUCAAGCGUACAAAUAUGCUACCGCUCCGCAGAAGGCCUUGGAACUCUGGAAAUUGAGUGAGAAACUCAUCGGACAUGGAUUCGACAGUCCCACGGCAAGAUAG